AUGUCCUCCUUUCUCCCUGAGAAUGAGCCGCAGAUCCAGCCGAGGAACCCCUUCGCUCGUCCAGGUCCCAUCCCCGACAUCCGGUUAGAAGGUCUCUACCUGGAGAGACCUCCUUCGCUCGUACAGAGAGCCGAACCAUCCUCAAGUUCAUCGAGCCCGUCAACUACAACCUCGUGUGGACCAAACGACGACUCGGGCGCCUGCGAGAAAUAUUACGGUUCUGGGUCGAGUACAACCUUGCCCAUCGUAUUGGGAGUGGUUAUUCCUUUGGGCAUCGCUUUGAUCCUGUUGAUAUAUCUGCACCGAAGACAUGUCAAGAAGCUGAGACGAGAAGAUGCAGAAGACAAGCACAAAUCCCUCGACUUCGGCCUCCUCGAAUCGAAGCAGAACCCGCAGAAGAAGACUGGCCCAAGUGUCCCUGAGAUGUCAAUGGCCAAGGAAAAAGAGGCGGGCGGUAGACGUGGUCGUGGCUUGUCGCUUGAUAUGGGUGCUAACAACCCGUACCUUCUGCCUCCGGAACUGCAUCAUUCGAGGGAAUCCCUGCAUUCGCUAUCUCGUUCCAUCAACACCGGUGACGACAAGUAUCGCGCUACCACGUUCGUUCCUGACGACGGUUCUAUUCGACCACCGUCAAGUCUGAGAAGUCCAAUCGACGAUUCAUCCAGCUAUACGGGGUCUUCCACUCGCAGAUUUCCGUUCGACUCGAAGCAGAAUUUGUUGCGCAAUGCUCAGGAACCCGCGAAUGGGCUUCCUCCUUCAGGACGCAGUACUCCAGCAGAAUCAGCACCUGGGAGUCGUAAUCCUGCGCCACCAGGCAAGACCAAUAAUUUGCUCCUUCCUACCAUGCCUGAUCCCGUACGCGACUCGUUUGUGAGCACGGCGAGUAGUAACGGUGCGGUGAACGCACUGAGAGCCAGCAACAACUAUCUUGGCCAGUUCAUUUUUGGUGGUGGGACAUUUGAAAAGGAGGAUCCCACCAAGAAAGGACCAGUAUUGUCCGUGAAAGAGGUCCAAGCUGAGGCACCGGUUGCCCAAGUCCCGGCGCCUCCUCCGGCUGUACUCAAAGACGCUCCACCCUCACUCUCACCGCACACAACUUCAACCUCUCGGGGACAGACAUCCAUAGUACCCGGGAUUACAUUGAAUGCACCGGAAGAGCGCCAACCAAGGCUACCACAACUUAGUUUCAUCGAUUCCCAAAGUGAUCGGCAACAGACUCUGGCGUCCAAAGAAGAGCCUCAUACGGCUUUAGACACAUCGAAGACACCCCAGGGCCAUGAAGCUCCGUCGAUGAACCUUUCUCGCUCGGAGGCUUCACAUGAUCAGACAUCGCAAGGUCAACACCAGGUCCAACAAGAGGAAGAGGAUUACUAUGACGAAUACGAGGCGUACGGAGACCAGGAUCAACAAUAUCAUGAUGACCACGGGUAUUAUGAUUACCAGGACUAUGAUGACUACACUGAGUAUGACCCUCGUCGACUCACAAUGGGCCUGCGACCAUUGCCUCCCGACGAUCCCUCCGAAAACCCCGAGCAGCGCGCCAACCGAAUCAGAUCAUUUUAUAAAGAAUACUUCGAUGACUCCAAACCACAGAAUCAUGCUCAAAACAUGCAAUAUUAUGAUGGUGCUGAAGGCUAUUACCAGGACAACUAUGCGCCUGGUGUCUAUCAAGACGGCUAUUAUGAUCAAGCAGCAUAUUAUCCACCUCGGGGCAUGUCACAAACGGGCACGUAUGGGAGACAUCGUGCUACGGUGUCUAAUGGAAGCUACCAGUCAGGUCCCAGGGCCUUCUCAUCGGCAUCUGGUCGGUAUGGAGGACAUCCCCGUAUGCCGCCAAAGAAAAAUCUGCCGCCACCUAAGCCGCUGAACGUACUACCUACACCCUCAAAACUCAAGGAGGACACGUUCUUGCCCAUUGACUUCGCCCCGCCCCAGAAAAUCUAUAAUCAGAGGGCUGGUACUCCCGAUAGUCUUCGCGGAGGACUGAGACCUUAUUCCCCAGCAGUGAGGGCUCACAUUCCACUCGCGUCAUCAUUCGAUGAUCUGGCGGUGAUACCGAGCCCGCAUCAAUUGAGAAAGUCAUCCACAUUCACGGCCUUGGACUUUGCACCACCAUCGCGACUCAAAGCAAACGAUACCGGGAGUGAGACGGGAAGUAUUCGCAGCAAUCGAUCCGGAAUAUCGGCUAUCCACCUCCACAAUAUUCGCACUGGGGCAUACCGAGUUAGUCGAAUACCCAAAGAGGUUGCAGGGACCAGAGACGAGCUGGUGGCAGCGUUGAGGCCACAGUGGGAUCUAAACCGAUAA